AUGCUGAGGUCAAUCCCUAUCAGGCCACCAGAAAUGAGCUCUGAGAAUGAAUUCAAUGGCAACGGUAAGACCAUCAACCUACAAUCUGGCCCUUCGAAUCGUUCUAUCAUCUCGGUUGCCCUCUCGCGCCCUCGCCCCUCUAGGCUUGGCUCCAGCCCUAUCGCCUGGUGGGCCCCUCGGAAGCCGCUUGGGCCACUCAAACACGCGGGUCUCCGCCGAAACUGA